AUGAUUUUUUUUUCGAUCUUGUACUUUUUGUUCCUUUCGACUAAUCUAAAGCCCAAAUGUAACGUAACCCUACGAUGUUGAUGUGUGUAGAAGAGAAUUACAGGUCUCAGACCAAAAAAUGAAAACUCAAAUUGUAAGUAAAUUAGCAUCGCAUAAUUAACCUGGUCUGAUAAGGGCAAUGACCGAAUGCUAUGCACCAAAAUUCCCAUUCAGUCAUUGGAUCAUCUCCAUUCACCAAAACCUAUUUCCAUUUUCUUUUCAGUAAUAGAAUUUGCUGGGCAUUCUUUUAGAAAUGUAUAUUGAUGGCCCCGAGCUCUUUAACUAUAUUGAGUACAUUAAUCAGUAUCACUCAUGAUGCCAGGUCUAAUUCUAUAUCGGCAACGGGGCCCUUCCAUUUCCCAAUGCUUAUUGAUGUUGAUGAAAUUUUCUUCCUUCUCAAAUGGAAGUUCAGAAUCAUUUGGCCAAAAGAAGCCAGUUGGAUGUGGAGGGGAGCACAACAAUACCAGGGAACAAGAAAAUAUAGACAAUGAGGUAAAUGAAAUCUGCAACAUUCUAGGUAAAGAUACAUGGGGGCCACAUGUGGAGGAAGCUCUUGAACAAAUGAAUGAUAAGUUUCAUCCUGGACAUGUUGCAGAGGUAUUAAAGAGGCAGAAGAAUGUGGACAUUGCACUGAAUUAUUUCAGAUGGCUCCAAAAGAAAAAUCGUAAUCAAAACAGACCAGAAAUGUAUGAUGAACUUCUAAUGAUCAUUGCUAAGAGCAAGCAAUAUGAUAAGCUGCAAGAUGUUCUUGAAGUGAUUCGUAUAGCUGGAUUUGAGCCACAAUUCACUACUACUGUUAAAUUGGUAAAUAGCUGCAUCCAUUCUAGGAUGCUGAAAGAGGCUGUGGAGAUGCUUCUUGCUAUGAGAAGGCUUAAAUUUCGGCCUGCUUUUUCAGCUUAUACCACUCUCAUUGGUGCACUUGGAGAAGCUCAUGAGCCAGACAUGGCACUUUUAAUGUUGAAAGAAAUGCAGGAGAUAGGAUAUGAAGUGAGUAUCCACCUAUUUACUACCUUGGUAUGUGCAUUUGCCAGAGAAAGUAAGUUUGAUGCUGCAUUAUCUUUGUUGGAGGAAACGAGAAGCAAUGCCUUGAAUGCAGACACUAUUUUAUAUAAUGCUUGCAUUUUUUCUUUUGGAAAGGUAGGUAAAGUAGAUAUGGCCUGGAAAUUCUUCCAUGAAAUGAAGGCACAUAAUAUCAUGCCAGAUGAUGUGACAUAUACAACUAUGAUUCGUGUACUUUGCAAGGGAAAUAGAUUAGAUGAAGCAGUUGAUCUCUUUGAAACCAUGGAACAUACUAGAAGGGUGCCAUGUGUUUAUGCCUAUAACACAUUGAUUAUGGGCUUUGGAAAUACUGGAAAGUUUGAUGAAGCAUAUAAAUUACUUGACAGAAUGAGAGAGAAGGGAUGCAAACCAGAUGUCAUAGCAUACAACUCUAUUCUUACUUGCCUUGGAAAAAAAGGAAGAGUAGUUGAAGCUUAUAAGCUUUUUGAUGAAAUGAAGAAGGAUGCUGAACCGAAUUUGUCAACCUACAAUAUCAUCAUUGAUAUCCUAUGCAAGGCAGACAUGCUAGAUGAGGCUUACAAAGUACAAGGUUUAAUGGCACAGGCAGGCCUGUUUCCAAAUGUGAUGACAAUGAACAUCAUGAUCGACAGGUUGUGUAAGGGUAAGAAAGUAAAUGAAGCCUGCAAAGUUUUUGAGAGUUUGGGAGCCAAGGGUUGUACUCCAGAUUCUGUAACUUAUUCAUCUUUGAUUGAUGGAUUAGGCCGGCAGGGCAGGAUUGAUGAAGCAUACAAACUUUUUGAAAGGAUGCUAGACAAAGGGCAUGCACCAAAUGCUUUUGUAUACGCACCGCUUAUCAAGAACUUUUUCAAAUGUGGUAGGAAAGAUGAUGGCCAUAAGAUCUUUAAAGACAUGAUCCGUAGAGGAUGCAAACCAGAUCUAACACUUUAUAAUAUAUAUAUGGAUUGUGUUCUUAGGGAAGGGGACAUUAAGAAGGGCCGUGAAAUAUUUGAGGAGAUGAAAGAGUAUGGGUAUGCUCCAGAUGUUAAAACAUAUUCUAUUCUAAUGCAUGGUCUGAUAAAGGCUGGUGAAGCACGAGAGACCUACAAGUUGUAUUAUGCCAUGAAGGAACAAGGUUGUGAACUUGAUACUCAUGCAUAUAACACUACCAUUCAUGGUUUUUGCAAGUCGGGACAAGUGAACAAAGCUUAUCAACUCCUUGAAGAAAUGAGGCUAAAGGGUUAUCCUCCUACAGUAAUUUCUUAUGGAGCUGUUAUUGAUGGACUUGCAAAGAUUGAUAGACUAGAUGAAGCAUAUAUGCUUUUUGAAGAAGCAAAAUCAAAAGGCAUAGUUUUGAAUGUAAUUGUUUAUAGCAGUCUUAUAGACGGGUUUGGAAAAGUAGGCAGAAUAGAUGAAGCAUACUUGAUAAUGGAGGAAAUGAUGCAGAAAGGGUUGAGCCCAAAUGUUUACACAUGGAAUUGUCUACUUGAUGCUCUUGUCAAGGCAGAGGAAAUAAAUGAGGCUUUAGUUUGCUUCCGCUCAAUGAAAGAAUUGAAAUGUUCUCCAAAUGUUGUGACUUACAGUACUCUUAUAAAUGGUCUUUGUAGAGUACGGAAAUUUAACAAAGCUUUUGUGUUUUGGCAAGAAAUGCAAAAGUAUGGUCACUUUCCUGAUGUUAUUACAUAUACUACUAUGAUUUCUGGUUUGGCUAUGGCUGGGAAUAUAGCCGAGGCACAUGACAUGUUCCAAAAAUUGAAAGCAAGAGGUCAAAAGCCUGAUUCAGUUUGUUACAAUUCCCUCAUAACUGGUCUGAGCAAUGCAAACAGAGAAAUGGAAGCAUACGAUAUUUUUGAGGAAACCCGAUUGAAAGGGUGUAGAAUAAGUGUCAAGAGCUGUAUUAUACUCCUCGAUGCCCUAAAUAGGGUAGGAAAUAUUGAGAAGGCUGCCAUUGUAGGCGCCAUUUUAAAGGAAUCAGCAAAAUCUCAGCAUGCUGCCAAAUUUUUGUAAAUCUGGAGUGCACAUGACUAUUAAUAUUUAUCAACUCAUUGUAGAUUAAACAUGCAUGCUUGUUAUCGAGUCACUGUUUAUCCCUUUUCAUUUAAUUUGAAAUCUCAUUAAAGUUUUUCAAUA